CGGAUAAUGGCGAAGAUGGUGAGAAGAACGUGUGCGUUUUGUUCAGAAGGGGAGGCUGGUUCUGUAAUGUAUAUUGCCAAAGAGCGAAAUAUUGCCGCUCAUCAGGAUUGUUUGUUAUUUUCCUCAGGAUUUGUAGAAUCUGAAGAGUAUAACCCAGAUAAUCUGGAUAUAAGGUUUGAUGUGACAUCAGUGUUGAAAGAACUCAAGAGAGGAAAGCGGCUGAUGUGCAACUUCUGUCGCAAGAAAGGAGCCACUGUGGGAUGUGAGGAAAGAGCCUGUCGCAGAAGUUAUCACUACUUCUGUGCGCUCUGUGAUGAUGCAGCAAUAGAAACGGAUGAAGUAAAUGGAGUCUACCGAGUGUUCUGCCCAAAACAUGACCCAGGCAAUAGGACCAAUCACUAUGGUGCAGCUAGUAAGAGGAGAAGACGUGCACUGAAAUCUUCCACCAUCACGGAACAAAUGAGCACAGAAGAGACAGCAGAAGAAAACAGUUUACGAAUACUAAAAAGAAAAAACAACAGGCAUAAAGUCCGAAUAGACUUUCUUAGGAAAUGCAAGCAAGCCGGGCUUCUGGAUGACAUAUUUGAAGAAAUGCUGGACACGCUUCACCUGGCGCAGGAAAAACUGAUGGACGACAACACUUCAGAAACAGAGUAUGAAGAAACAGUGAUGUCACUCUUUGACUGUGGACUGUUUGAAAAUAUACUGACAAAUAUUCAUUCAGGAACAGAGGAAAAAAUCCAGGAACUUAUGGAAAGCAGGAAAAGAUUAGAUAACAAGAUUGAGCUACUGCAGGACUUAAAAGAAGUCAUCCUUCCUACCCAAGAGAACACCGCUAGUACAUCUAGCACCAUCUCUGAAUAA